AUGGCGGUUGAUUCACAUCUCUCCUCCCCGCUUGACCCUCCGGCGUGCGACAAGGAUUCCAAGGCACUUCUGUUCAUCGAGGAGAUGACGAGGGAAACAGGCGCUGUCCAGGAGAGGGUUUUGGGAGAGAUACUGUUUCGGAACGCCGAGACUGAGUACCUCAGGAGGUUCCAGCUCAAUGGAGCUACGGACCGAGACACGUUCAAGUCGAAAGUCCCUGUCGUUACUUAUGAGGAUCUUCAGCCUGACAUCCAGCGUAUUGCUAAUGGUGACCGAUCCUCCAUCUUCUCGGCUCACCCCAUUUCUGAGUUCCUAACCAGCUCUGGGACUUCGGCUGGUGAGAGGAAAUUAAUGCCGACGAUUCAUGAAGAGUUGGACCGUCGCCAGCUAUUGUACAGUCUUCUCAUGCCGGUGAUGAACCUAUACGUUUCCGGUUUAGACAAAGGGAAGGGACUCUACUUCUUGUUCGUGAAGGCAGAAACAAAGACUCGCGGUGGGCUCUUGGCACGUCCGGUGCUCACCAGCUACUACAAGAGCGAACAUUUCAAGACCAGGCCGUAUGACCCUUACAACGUCUACACCAGCCCGAAUGAGGCUAUUCUCUGCGCCGACUCGUUUCAGAGCAUGUACACCCAGAUGCUCUGCGGCCUCCUUAUGCGCGAAGAGGUUCUCCGGGUCGGUGCUGUGUUUGCCUCCGGCCUGCUAAGAGCCAUCCGGUUCCUACAACUUCACUGGCAACAACUGGCCCAUGACAUCUCUGCUGGAGCCUUAAACCCUAAAAUUACAGACCCUGCUCUUCGGGAUUGCAUGUCCAAAAUAAUUGUCAAACCCAAUCCCGAACUCUCCAAGUUCAUAACCCAAGAGUGUUCAGGAGAGAACUGGGAAGGUAUAAUCCCAAGAAUUUGGCCUAACACGAAAUACCUAGACGUGAUUGUAACGGGUGCAAUGGCUCAGUACAUACCCACUCUUGAAUAUUACGGCGGGGGGCUACCUCUUUCAUGCACUAUGUAUGCCUCCUCCGAAUGCUACUUUGGGCUUAACCUCAAGCCAAUGUCCAAUCCUUCUGAGGUUUCCUACACUAUCAUGCCAAACAUGUGUUACUGCGAGUUCUUGCCACACGAGCCGGACGCUCCAGCUGUAUCUCGUGACUCACCUCCACCGCUUGUUGACCUUGCCGACGUCGAAGUUGGGAAACAAUACGAGCUCAUAAUCACCACCUAUGCCGGGCUUUGUCGCUACCGAGUGGGCGACAUCCUACAAGUCACAGAUUUCUACAACUCGGCUCCCCAAUUUCGCUUCAUAAGAAGAAAGAACGUGUUGUUGAGCAUCGACUCGGACAAGACGGACGAAGCUGAGUUGCAAAAGGCUGUCGAUAAUGCAUCAGCGCUCCUACAGGAAUUCAACACAAGUGUGAUCGAGUACACGAGCUAUGCAGACGCAAAAUCAAUACCAGGACACUAUGUAAUUUACUGGGAGUUGCUGGUGAAGGAACUGGCUAACCCUCCGACUCAUGAGGUCCUGAACCUAUGCUGCUUAGCCAUGGAGGAGUCUCUGAACUCGGUGUACAGACAAAGCCGAGUUGCAGACAACUCGAUCGGUCCCCUUGAGAUCAGGGUGGUCAAGAACGGCACCUUUGAAGAGCUCAUGGAUUAUGCAAUCUCCCGGGGUGCAUCUAUCAACCAGUACAAAGUUCCAAGGUGCGUUAACUCCUCCCCGAUCGUGGAACUCCUCGACUCCAGAGUGACUUCGGUGCAUUUCAGCCCUGCGCCGCCGCAAUGGAACCCCGAACAACGUCGAUGUUGGCCGCAUGCAUGA